AUGGGGCGACUGGGGCCGCUCACCUCGCAGGGCCUGGGCCGCUCCCCGUACGAUGACACCGUCCCCGGCCAGGGCAACGACUACCCGCCCAACCAAUAUGCCUACUUUGACGACCGCGGCCGGCUUUACAACCCAGUCAUCAAGGGCCUCAAUCGCGACUUCAUCCGCUCGCACAACGAGGUCAUGAUGGUGAUCGGCGUAGCCGAGCCCGAGAGCGGCACCGCGGCCGACGCCCAGAUGGACGCCACCCAUCGUCAAAACCGCUUCGAGGACGUGAUCGGCUCGCGCCUGCACUUGGCUGCCUUUCAGAUUGCUUCGGCGUCGAACUGGGCUGUCCACGGCAUCAGGCAACGUCUGUGGGUCUACCAACCGUACUCGCAAACUACCUUUUAUGGCAUGUUUAGGAUGGCUCGUCGCUCGGGCUCCUUUGCGCCGUACUUUCUCGCAGGCUUCCCGUCGUUCUUGGCCGCUACCUCGCUUGAGCUGGUGUCGUUUUCUAGGAAGGAAGACAACUGGUUCUGGUCUGCCAUGACCUAUAUCCGCAUCCAUCUGGCAAUAUAUGUCUUCUUCCAGAGGAUCGAGAUCAUCCCGUUCAAUCACUGGCUGCCCAACUGGCGCUUCUUCAUCCCCGGAUCCAGCCUAUCCCCUAUAUCUCUCCCACCACCUCCCGCCUCUUUCCGCCCAGGAAGCCUGCUGCCGUGGCUCGGUGCUUGUGCCCUCGGGACAGCCCCCUUCCUCUGCUUCUACCUCUCCAGCCGCGUCCACGCCAACCUGGCGAAGAACUUGCGCGAUGCCAUCUACAAGCACCUGCCCCGCCCGGACAACUCCUUUCUGCGACGACAGACCUGGGCCGGCCUCCGUCUCGGGACCCCGAACAGUCCUGCCGACCCGCGCGCAGACGAAGGCGUCUCUACCUCUCCCACGGGACCCCCGCCUCUUCGCCGCCAGAGCACCGUGUCGCUCCGUGGCAGCGGCAUCAACAACGAUGUCACGACAGCCACGACCACCACCGCCGCCGACCAUGGUGGUGGCGGUAGUGUAGACGAAUUUGGCUCGGACGACGAGGAAACGGAGAUCAUCAGCGCCACGCUCAUUAGUUUUGACGUCGAGGCUGCUGACCCCACAACUCCGGGCGCAUCAGGCCCCGGUGGCUCAACCGCCCCCAACGGUGCUGUAGGCGGUGACACAACACCAGGAAUCUGGUCCGCCGAGCUCCGCCCCAACAUCCCCGACAACUCCCGCUCGUCGGGCUACGGCACCGGCACCGGCAGCAUCAACAACCGGCACGAGUCCGUCUACCGCGAAAACGCCUUCACCGCGCUCCCCGCGCGUCUCGCGGCCAACAUCCUCGCUCUCACCCCGGCCCGCCUCAUGGCUAUGCCCAUGACCGUGGCCGUGCACGUGUUCCUCGCCCGUUCGUACAUGCGCCGCAUGGGCAUGAGUCUAGACAUCGUCAACACAGGCGCCGGGUUCUGGUUUGGCAUGCAAUCGGCUCGGGGCCUGGUGAAUCUACUGGGGCUGGAGCUGUUGCUGGGGGUGUUGCAGGCCGAGUCGUGGGCGGCGAUCAUGUUGGUCGCGAAUCGGUGGCGGUAUACGGAGGAGGAAUGGAUGGUGAGGGAGGUGGAGGAGGCGGUGAAUAUUAUUGUGGCCGAGCGGAGAGAAGAGGCGGCCGCGUUGGCUGCUGCUGAGGGGGGGAAUUAG